UUAAUCUUUUUCUAAAUUCCCCUUUCCCAACUUUCAUUUCUUCUGCUUCCAAGCAACACCCAUUUAAGGUUCCAAUUCCAGUUCAUAAAUACUAGAGCACCCAUUUCACACCAUUUCUAUAUCAGCUCUUUACCUCUCUUCCCAUCUUCUUAUAUGUUCCCUGCUGAAUUAUACACUUCACCUCUGUUUCUGGAAUCUGCAGGAUCAUGGCUGUGCAAGGAGAAAACGUUUUGGAUGGAGAUCUGAUCACGAUUCGGGAGGUUUGGGCGGAUAACAUCGAAUCUGAAUUCGAUCUCAUUAGCCAGAUCGUGGAUAGCUAUCCUUACAUCUCCAUGGAUACGGAGUUUCCCGGAGUUGUGUUCAAGCCGGAGAAUCAGACUCACCGUCGCCGGAGUGGAUCUCCGUCGGCUUCCGAUCGAUGCGCCGACCAGUACCAGUCGCUAAAGUCAAACGUUGACGCUCUCAAUCUGAUCCAGCUAGGAUUGACUCUUUCCGAUGCCAGCGGGAACCUCCCGUUGCUCGGAUCCGGCGGGAGCCGGUGCAUCUGGCAGUUCAACUUCUCCGACUUUGACCUCGCGAGUGAUCUUCACGCUCCGGACUCGGUAGAGCUGCUCCGCCGGCAGGGCAUCGACUUCGAGGAGAUCCGCGAUCGCGGGGUUGACUCGGCCACGUUCGCUGAGCUGAUGAUGUCAUCCGGCCUGGUCUGCAACGAGUCCGUCAGCUGGGUGACGUUCCACAGCGCGUACGACUUCGGGUAUCUGGUGAAGAUCCUCACGCGCCGCGCUUUGCCGGCGGGAUUGGAGGACUUUUUGGGUAUUUUGAGGGUGUUUUUCGGGAGCCGUGUCUAUGACGUUAAGCAUCUGAUGAAGUUCUGCCAGAGCCUGUACGGCGGGUUGGACCGGUUGGCGGAAAUACUGGAAGUGGACCGGGUUGCCGGGAAGUGUCAUCAAGCCGGGUCUGAUAGCCUGCUGACAUGGCACACUUUUCAGAGAAUGAGAGAUAUGUACUUCGGGAAGGAAGGGCCGGCAAAACACGCCGGAGUGUUGUACGGACUAGAAGUUUUUUAGGAGUAAAAAUUCAUUUGUUUCUAGUCUAGUCCUUUUUAGUAAAUAAAAUAAGCUUAAUUAUCAAAUUCUUUUGCCUAUCAGUUUAAUGAAAUGGAAUUUUAAAUUACGUCAUCAAGAUAUUUAAAUUAGUGGUGCUUCAAUACGAUACAUUGAUACAUUGAUACAUCAGUUCAAAUUGGGCUAGCCACAAAUAGUUCAAAUAUCAUCAUUAUCUCGGUGCCGUAAAGACUUUCAUCGUAAAAGAGUUUGGAUGUAUACAAUCUUACCAUGUACUAAAGUAUAUAGAAACUGUUUUCGGAUGACUCACGUUGAAAAUUGCAUGAACUAAC